AUGAGCGCACAGGCCGGAAGGGCCAUUCAAAACGCCAGGGGCCGGUGGGCCGCGGAGUGGACCCCAGUCCCCACCCGGCCGCGUACCCUCACCUUAGAGUUCCGCCUCACCUCCCGACUGCGAUCAGCCGCUCUCCACUUCCGGCAAGAACCGCCCAGCAAUCUUCGCGCGACCCACUUCCGGGCCCUCACUGGGCGCGGCACCCCCACCGGAAAUGGACGGCCGCUGAAACGCCGAGGUGGAGGAGAGACCGGGAAGUCUGGCCGCCCCGCUCGUCGCUCCGCCCCCUAUUCUCCACGCCCGGAAGGGAGAAUCCUCGCUAGCCCUGAGGGCACAUGGGAUAGAGUCCCGCCCCCAAAGCGACAGCGGCCGGGGGAGCGUGCUCAAGGGGAGGCCACGCCUCUCCGCCAAGUGGCGGGAGCCGAGUCGUCCGGACCAAUGAAGGGCCCAAAUUACCGGCUAAGCUCCACCUCCGGAGGAGGACAGAUGGUCAGGUCUGGGGCCGCGCGGAAGCCUCCGCCCCGCGGUUUUGCAGUCCUUCCUCCCCGCGCGCUGGGUGUGGUCCCCGAGAAUAAGUUGAGCGGAAUUGGAGAACAUCCUGCCCCACUCCGUUAAA